UAUCGGCCACAGUCUUCGUCCUUCUCUCGCGCCUCUCGCUACACGCCCGGGCCUCGCUCUCGCGCUUGCUCUCGUCUAACCCUCAGCUCUCAAACCCCACAAUGACAGAGACCACUACGUAGUGCGCGCGAAAACCAUGUCACCUGUAAAUAUUCUAUAUAACAUUUUGUGAUGUGUUCAACUUCAUAAAAUUUGUGAUAUCAACUAUUAUUAGGAUGGUGGGGCAGGAGAUGCAGAUCCGUUGGAGACAACACCAGACCGGGCUAUUGACGUAUCUGCGUCAGAUGCUGACCACGGAGCUGUUCGUGGAUGUGACGUUGUGCUGCCAACACAAGAGGUUGAAGGCACACAGGGUCCUUCUGUCCGCGUGCAGCCCGUAUCUCCAGGAACUGCUGAUGGCGCACCCCACCUCAGACCACACCACCAUCAUCCUGGACGAUAUAGCUUACGAGGACAUGAAGUCUUUGUUGGACUUCGUAUACACGGGAGGAGUAACUGUCCCCGAGGAAAGACUGCCGUCCUUCUUGGAGGCGGCGCAGAUCCUCCAGAUCACGGUUCUGACGAACAAGAGCCUCCAUCAGCAACUGCCCACCAAGAACAUCCCACCACUCAUCAAAGUGCACCAGGACCGAGCCUUCUCCUUCCAGAGUUGCCGGCAAAUGUACAAAGACCCUGAUCCUUUUGUGAGAAAAGAAAACGGUUAUAAACACGAAUUUGAGGCGACGUUCCACGAGCCAAUGGAUCAAGAUCGGUUGAGUACUUCCGUCACAAAUGAGCCUAAUCCACCCUCAGAGAAUAUGGGAUACAAACUAAAGACUGAACAAAAAGUACUUGUGAAAGAUCAAGACCUCGCACCUGAAAGUAAUUUGAAAAAUAUACAAGGUCUUGGAAGUCCGGUCACGGAAUACAAGCCUUUCAUUCACAGUCCUCAUCAGCUCUCUCCGAUUCCAAGACCCGAACUCAAUCAAAGUAUUGUGAGUAAAUGCGAGACGUCGUCCUCAGGAUCGUCUCCGAGCCCGGACAACAUGGACUUCCAGUGGGUCAGACCUCUGCCGUCUCUCAUGCCUAUCUCGGCCAGUGCAGUCCUGAGUCAGCGCAGACCUACCGGCCAGGCGCAGAAGCAUCCCAGGAAACUAGGGGGGAUACUGACUCCGUCCCCCUGGUCCCAGAAUGGACGACCACAAGCUGGAGCCCCUCGUGUGAUUCGAAGCCCGAGCAGAUGUGCUGAAAGAAGCAGUCAACACGAGGACUUGGACCAUCCAGAUGGCAGAUUCAUGUCAUCUCCCAGUUAUCCGCUUUCGGACACAAACGGGGUCAUUCCCGGGUCUCCCCGUCUCCAUGACACUUCCUCUCGUAGUGAUGGAGAUUCCUCUUCCGAGCCACCCUCCUCACUGAGGGAGAACGACGAGAACCGCCCCGACGUCGUGAAGCUGUGUCGCCUCAAGGAGCGUCGACUCCACGAGUUCUACCGGGAGCAGAUGCUGAGCAACGGAGCGCCUCUGGCACUGCCUCCCGAGGAUACGACUGAUCUGUCCUUCAAGGCACCACUCCUUCUGGACAAAAUCCACCGCUACAGCGAGCAGCCCUUCAACUUUCCCAACAAGCUGCAUCACAUCUCUAGGAUUCUGGGGGCGGACAACGGUGUGGGCUAUCAAGCGGAAAUCAAUCCCCUCCACGGUCUCAAGACUUUGGCGAGCCUCUUGGAGGACAGCUCCAACUCUAACGGCUCCACCGGUAUACAGAGACGGAAAUCGCUCUCCUGUUCCGAUCUCACAGAGGACGCCUCGAGGAACGACUCGAACAACAACGAAGGCUCCGUGGCCGCCGGGGAAGUCCACAGGUGUGCUGAGUGCGGCAGAACUUGUGAGAGCCUCCAACAGUUACUGCAGCACCAGCAGAGUCCGGAGUGCCUGGCAUGUGGUGUCUGUGGCAAACAGUUCUCCCAGAGGAGUCAGUGGACCGCCCACCAGAAGCUACACGAGGAAGCCCGCCCCGAGCACGCCUGUACACACUGUACUAAGACCUUCGUCACAAGAGCAUCACUCAAGGUACACAUGCGGACCCAUACGGGCGAGAAGCCGUUCCACUGUUUGGAGUGUGGGAAACAGUUCAGCCAACUACGCAACUACAAGUAUCACCGGUCAGUCCACGAGGGUACCAGAGAAUUUGCGGCGACGUGUCCAGAGUGCGGUAAAUACUUCAACGACCGCGGAUACCUCAGCUCUCAUAUGAAGAUACACAGAAAUCGAAAGGAGUACGGAUGUGAGUAUUGCGGGAAGAGUUUCAACCAGCGGGUGGCGUACAACAUGCACGUCCGGAUCCACACGGGGGAGAAGCCUCAUGUCUGCCAACAUUGCAACAAGUGUUUCUCCCGCAAGAUGUUGCUGAAGCAGCACCUGCGCAUCCACACGGGAGAGAAGCCCUUCACGUGCGUCGUCUGCCAGAAAGCUUUCGCUGACCGUUCCAACAUGACUCUACACAUGCGCCUGCACUCCGGUGUCAAACCGUACACUUGCAGUGUGUGCAACAAGUCCUUCACCAAGAAGCAUCAUCUGAAGACUCAUAUGAACUAUCACACAGGAGUCAAGCCGUACGCGUGUUCCAAAUGUGGACUGCGCUUCAGUCAGAGCUCCAACAUGAGAACACACUUCAAGAAGUGCUCCUCAACCGCCUUCCCAGAGCUGCCCACACCUCCCUCCAGCGUCACUUCCCCUCUACCACUCAACAUGGCUGUCACCCCUCCUGUCUCUGAUGAAUCGUCUUGUACUGGCAGUAUCAUCAAGGGUAACGCGUAGAGUAUUCGUGUUAUAGUGUUUGCUUUUUGUAUGUAUUCAAUUUACUUUGUAUGGACUUUUCCGUAUACUGUCCAAUAUUAAUGUUUAAACGAGUUUGUUUAGGCCAUUUUUUUACAUUCAUGAACGCAUCAAUUUUUUACUAAGUUAAAUAUUUUAUUUUUGAUAUAGCCUAUAACAGAUUUAUUUGGAAUAAUGAUUGUGUAGAUAUUGUACAAACUGAAAACAGUACAAACAAGUUUAAAAAAUAAAAUUUAGUUGUUGAAAAAAUGUACGAUUAUAUUCUUUGCAUCUAAAUUAUCAUAGUCUAUGACUCAUUGUGAUAUGGUACAGAAUAGUUGACAAAUACUCAUAAUCUUUUGCAAAGUAAACUGUAGAUUUAAGAUUUGUAGAAACGAAGAGUUUUAUAGUUAUGAUUGCUCAACUCUCGUUGAAAAUAGACGUUAUAUUAGUCUUAGAAGUUUUUUUUAUUAAGUUUAAUCAAAAGAAAUAAAAACAAAACGGGCUUGUACAUAUGUUAGUAGCCCCAUUUUGAGUCUUGCCAUGUUUCUAGUCAAAAAUGUAUCGAAAACCGUCUAACGGUGACUUGAGUGCUACCGCCCAUGUUAGUGUUUUAGUACAUUGCCAGUAGAUGUUACAUACUCAUUAGGUUAAGCUUAUGGCAUGCUGUCACUGACGCUGCCACUAGAGUUAGUUUUUUUCAUGUCUAGGUGUGUCUCGGCUUAGAUAAUUCGGAUUGAUAAGUUUUAAUACACAAGUCAAUAUGUUUACAAUUCCAUAAAAAAAAUCUGUUACAUAAAAUCGUAUUUGUAACCUUAAUUUUUACAUUGCUAUAGUCGAGUUUAUUUUCUCGAAUAUAAAUAAUUUUUACGUUACCAAAAAUACGACUGUUUUUUGUUUAGAUUUGUGCACAUUCCUGUGCAUAUACAAUCUCUGUAAGUUCAAAUGAUCAUAAAAUGAAUAAUUGUCAAAGAAAUAGUAGGAGUAAUAAAAACUGUAAACGAAGCUUUCUAUUAGCCCGCAAAAACAAAUAGAACUGUACAAUAAACUCUUUAAAAGUAUCCACGAAGAGACUCGUAGCGCAAGUUACUAAUGCUUCUUCAAAAUGAGGGAUUGGACUAGUGAUAUUUCCUCAAAGAGAAUUUUAUUUUAAUUUUCCAAAGAUAAAAGUUUGCUUUUGUAAUACAUCUUCCUGGCUGAAAUAUUUUCUCAAAGUUAGAGCUCGUUCUCAUAAUAUUCUCCGUAGUGGAAGUUAUGUUUUUUUUAUACUUCACUAUGACGGGUUUAUUCCCCUCAUACUACUAAAAAUACAAUGAUUUGUUUACCUUUACUUCCUUAAAGUUGAAGGAGAGUUGUACUUAUCUAAGAUGGAAUCGUUUUCCCAUUAUACCUCCUAUUUCUUUCAGUUUCCUUCCUCAAAGAUGAGAGAUUGUUCUAGUAAUAAGCUUUAAAAUCUGAGGUUUAUAAAAUCGUUUUAAAAAUCCAUAUGUGACGCUAAUAUAAUCAUGACAAAGUUUGCUCAGUGAUCUUAUCUGGUCUACUGACACAGCUAUAUUUAUGCGUACAUAUGGCUGAGUAUGUUGCAAGCUUUUUAUACAUUGCCUUUUUACAUGCUAUUUUUGUUAUUUAGUAACUUGAAAAAUGGCGUACAUUCAUAAUAGGCAUACUAGUAAAUUUCACAUUUCACAUGAAUGAUAUAGACAAGUAGACCUUAUAUAUCAACUACAUGAUUUAUGAGUUCAGCCUUGAUGCAUAGUAGUGUAUGACCUCCAUACCGCUACAGGAAUGAUUGUCAGUUAUCUAAGCCGGAGAUCGCAACACGGGACAUCACGCUUGUCUUCCAUUUACUGAUCAUGUUUUAUUCCAACAUAUAGCCAUAUUUAUUGUUUAAAUAUUUAUUGUUGUGUUUUAACGCAGUCUAAUCAUUGUUAAUUGUUUAUUUUUCACUACAUUGUAAAUGUGCGUUGUUGAUUUAUCAGAUUAAAUAUUAUUUGUUAUACCAUCUA